UUCCGCUAGCAAAAAGAGUGACAAUAGCAAGCAAGCGAGGCACAGGGGUGAGCUAGCUAGUAGAGUCCACUCGGCGGGCAUGGCCAUGGAGUUCGCCACGGGAGCGAUGAGUGCCCUCCUCCCCAAGCUGGGCGAGCUGCUCCGGGAGGAGUAUCACCUCAAGAAGCGUGUGAAGCAGGGGAUCAAGGACCUCAAGGCCGAGCUCGAAAGCAUGCGAACUGCCCUCGUCAAGGUGUCCAACGUCCCCUUGGACCAGCUUGAUCCGCUGGUCAAGCUUUGGGCCAAUGAGGUCAGAGAGCUAUCUUAUGUCAUCGAGGACAGCCUCGACUCCUUCAUGGUGUUCUUCCAAGGACUUGAGCCAACCAAGCCCCACACCACCUUUGUGGCUUUCAUCAACAAUAUGCGCAACAAGAUCACUGAGUUCAAGAUGCGCCACAAAAUAGCCAAUGACAUCAAAGACAUCGAGAGCCAGGUCACGAAGGUGAAGGAAAGGUAUGAUCGGUACAAGGUCCACGGUGUUGCUGCUAAUCUUGCCACAACCAUGGUUGACCCUCGUCUAUCAGUCAUGUAUAACAAGGUGUCUAACCUUGUUGGCAUUGACAAGCCAAUUGAUGAGAUAAUGAAGAGCUUGUCCGAGGGCUGUCAUAUGGCCGAGAGAUCAAAGCUCAAGACCGUCUCCAUUGUUGGAUUUGGAGGGUUGGGCAAGACAACUCUUGCCAAAGCGGAAUAUGACAAGCUUAACAAGAAAUUCGACUGCGUUGCUUUCGUCCCAGUGGGUCAGAAUCCUGACAUGAAAAAAGUUCUUGGGGACAUCAUUCAUGAACUUGGCCUGCAAAUGUGUAAUGUUGCAUCGGUGAUGGAUGUAAGGCAGCUCAUCAAUCAUCUGCGCAAAUUCCUUUUGAAUAAGAGGUACUUGAUUGUUAUCGAUGAUAUAUGGGAUGUACAAACAUGGGAUUUGAUUAAAUAUGCUUUUCCGCACAAUAAUCUUGGAAGCAGAAUAAUGGCAACUACUUGUAUUUGUGAAGUUGCCAAAAAAGUUGGUGGUAUUUACAACAUGAAACCGCUCAGUGAUGAUAACUCCAAAAAAUUAUUCUCCACCAGAAUAUUCGGUGAGGAAGGUACCAGUCUUGAUAACCAAUUUGUUGAAGUAUCUGAUAAAAUUUUAAGGAAAUGUGGUGGUGUGCCAUUAUCCAUCAUUACAAUAGCCAGCUUGCUUGCUAGUAAACAGAGGGAGGAUUGGCCUAUGGUUUAUGAUUCUAUUGGUUUUGGGCAUGAAGACAAUGAAGUUGUUCAGAACACUAGAAAGAUAUUGUCCUUUAGCUAUUACUAGAUGACCCGUUGCGCCCAUGACGCAAAGGCCGAGAGCAAGCCAAUUAUUGAAAGAAUGUGCAUCAAAAUAUGUAGACACAUAAGAAACCAUAUGGAAAUAAAUACUGAUUGAUGAUAGAUAGAUGGUUGCUGAUGGUACAUGUUUUCUAAGAAGUUUACGAACUAUCAUUUACAAUGUUAUGAGCAAGGCAUGUAGAUAGACAGAGCUACAUUAGACAAAUGUAUCACGGGAUGUUUAGAACGAUUUCUUCGAGGCAAGUCUUUAUAGCUACUAUUCUUCAUGGCCCGAGGUGCACAUAUGCCUCACAUCCAAUGCAAACAUGGCGUUGUGUGCCGACCAUGCGAGGCAGCGGGCGUGGGACACCACGGCGGAUCCAUCGUCGAUCUCACAUCCAUCGGCAACAUGCAGACUCCACGCUUUGACAAGAGUAGUUCAUGGGAUACGUCAGCACCUCAAGUCCUCUGAGCUAUUGUGUGUCUGAUGUCCUGCUCUACCUCGCCGUUUACCGUACUUCCACUUCGAGGGGCACAACCAACCGUCGGACAUGGACACUACCGAAACAUUAAGGACGGUCACCGGUGGAAAUUUAGAAUAGUUUUAUCUUACAUGUAAUCGUAUGAAUUUGAUGAUUUGCAAAUGAGAUAUUAGAUUGCGGAAACAUUUUUUUGUUUGUUCACUAUCU